AUGAACAACAAACCAAAACCAAGUGGUGAAAUGCCACCAUAAUCGCGAAAUCAGAGGUUCAACUCUCAAAAUUACUCUCAAUAGAGUGCAAAUAAUUCAAACUUUAAAAAUAGCAACUAUAAUAACAACAAGAAAAGAUACAACAACCAUAACAAUAACAAUGGUAAAGUAAACAAUUCUAAAACUUUUGAAUAUGUCAGAAAAGUUGAUACUGCAGAAGGCCAAGAAGAAUUGCGUCGUAAACAGCAGUAAUUAUAGGAAGAAGAAAGAUUAAGAUAAGAAAAUAUUAAGAAGCAGCAACUUGAGGAGGAAGAAAGACUAAGAGAACUUGAAUUGUAGCGCUUGAGAGAAUAAGAAAGACUUGAGCAAUUAGAACUGUUAAAAUGUUACAUUGAAGAAAAUAUAAUCAUGCCAAUUUUUGCAGAUGCUGAAAAACACGCUUAACAAAGAUCUUACCUUAAGUCGUUCGAAGGUCUAAAUUAUCUCUUAUCAACUAACUUUAUUGAUUUUGAAGAUGAAAUCACUCAAAAUAUCCCCAUAGAAAUUCAAGAAUUUAAUGCAAGACAAUAUGAGUCUUUCACAAAAUAAAGUAAUUUAAGAAGAAGACACCAAACCAGUUAUUCAAAUUAAUCCUAUUAAGACGAAGAAUCAAAUUCUUCUUAGCAACAAAGACAUGGAGGAAACAGAAACCAAAGAGUCACAGUAAGAUAAACUAUCAAUAAUUUCUAAAACAAUAAGAACUAGAAUUAUUAGAUCGACUUGUAAACAGAAGCUAACAGUAAUAGAAGACAUUAAAAUAAUAGAAAUAGAAAUUUAACUUUACCAAUCUAACCAGAUUCUAUUUUAGAAGAAAACUAAGAUUCGAAAUGGAGAUAAAUUAGAACACCUUUGUUUUCUCAAUCUCAAGAUGAAUUGAAAUUCCUACUAAAUAUUGUCACUCCUGAUAAUUUCAAUAAUUUGAAAGAUUAAUUCUUCUAAUUAUGUUAAAGAAACAUAAACAAAUGUAUCUUUUCUUUAAUCAGUAAAGUCUGUAAAGAAGCCAAAUACACAAAAUUAUAUGCUCAAAUGGCUAUUUACAUCUAAGAACGUGAAGAAGAAAUAGAAAAGGCAAAUAACAAUUCAUCAAAUAUAGACUUAUAAAAGACUUUCAAAGGAUAAAUGUUUGCUGUUUUGCAAGACUUAUUUUAUGACCAAAAUAAGCUUCAUAGUAUUUUGAGUAAUAGCAGGUAGACAGCGAAUGAUCUUAACGAUGAAGAAGAAUCAACCGAAAGCAAUAAAAAGAUUAAUUCAAAACAAGAAGCUAUGGAAAAAAAGAGCUUUAAUCUAUUUUUGAAGUUCCUCGGAGAACUCUUUUUGUCUAAAUUUUUACCUAAGAAAAUAAUAUCAUAUAUUAUUUAGACAAUGAUUCAUCAAUACAUUUGCGGAGGACUUAUGGAAGAAGACAGAAAUUUAGAAGGUAUUAUUCUGCUUAUUGACUCAAUAGGUCCUGAGUUUGAAAAUUGCUGGAAUCAUUUAUCCUCAAAGCAAAUUAAAAUAGAUUCCUAAUUUUUGAGUUAGAUCACCAACUAAUUCUGUGAAAGAACCUAAGACUAAUUAGACCUAGAUUUAUUUGAAAACUAAUUCAUUUCUUUCGAUGGUGUUAUGAAUAUACUCAGAUUCUUAAAGACCACUGAUCGUAUUUCUAAGAGAAUUUAAAUUCUUAUUGUCAACUUAAACAAGCGUUGGGAAAAUAAGUGGAAAAAAGCUCUUCAUUAAAAAGAAGACCCUCGUACUAAAGAAGAAAUCCGUAACCAACAUUUUAACGAAUUAAAUAGAAGACAAUAAGAAAUAUAUGAAAACUUAGACUACACAAAGGAAGUUAAAAGAGUAUUUUUACAACUUGACAAUAACUUAUUGAGCUAAGAUGAAUGUCUAACCUAAAUUACAUAAUUAGGAAUUAGCAAUGUUCUCUAAAGCCUUUUCUCAACAUUUUUCGAUGCUCGUAUUGAAAAUCUUUCUUCAAGAUAUCAAUUAAUGAGCAGCAUUCUUUUUGAAACUGAUAAAUAUUAGUAUACAACUUUUUUAAGCGCCCUAAACAACGCUUUGAACACCAUUUACUCUUAAGCUUGUGAUUUCCCACAUUUAAAUGAUAGUUUUGUAAAUAUCUUAUGCCCAAUGAUCCUGAAUGGUUACUUAGAACUAGGCUAAAUAAAGCCCACUUUAUGCGGAGAUCCAGACGAAGACGAAGAUAAAAACUACUUUUUCCAACAAUUUAAAAAUGAUUGUGUAUCCUACUUAAAGUCAAUUAAUUACUUCAUGAUAGAAGAUUGA